AUGGGCUUCGUCGAUCGCGGAGGUGGCCGGGAGGCGAAGGGCUCAAGCCUGCGCCGCUCCAAGAAGAACCCCGGUGCCCCCACCACGAAGAACAAGAGCGCCAGCAAGAGCUACACAACCCCCACCACACGAUCCACGCCAAUGCCGCCGCCGGUGUGUCUGCCAGUGCUGAAGGCCCUAAUCGCGCCCACCGCCAGUGAGGGAACCGCGGCAAAGGCGACGGCAGCGUCGACGGUGGCCGGCUACGAGAAGGCGCUUGCAGCGGUGCACGCGGCUGCACAAGCCGGCGGCUCGCUCCACAUCGACGCCGCUGUAGCGCUGCUCUCACGCAAGUUGAAGGAGGAUCAGGAGGGCAUCUUCCGCCGCGCCGUCGAGGAAGGCAAGCUGGCCGCCAUGGUGUGCUGGUGUGGUGAGGUGGAGCGGCAGUCGCUGCUGUUGGACACUUGUGCGCAGCACAACAAGCUGUACCGCGGUGCACUAGAGCAGCAGCAGGAACAGUACAGCACCACCGGUAGUCAUGUCCGUCAUGUGCACUUCAAGAAGGACUACACCGCCCCGCCUGGCGCCGUGGUCGCCUCCAUCACAACAGAGGCCAUGGCCUCGCCGUCGUCGGCAAAGGCCGGCGUCACUCUCUACGCGGUGCUUGGCAUCCAUGUCAACAACAUUGAUCGCUUGAACAUUCAACUGCAUGGCCAGUGGGUCAAGGAACUCGAGCGUAACGUGAAGCACAGCGACGUUGUCGGAGUCCUUACGGGACUGAACCUCAGCCGCGACCACGGCACGCACUACGCGCAGGAGCGCCUGUUCAAGGAGUGCUGGCGUGUGGCGGCUGAGGUGCAUCUGCCGCUGGUGUUGCACCUCUACGCAGUGGACGCGGCGUCGCUCACUGAAACGGUGAACCACGCCGCUAAGCUGCUCGAUGAACUCCUCGCCGCCGCGUUAGCGGCGACGGACGAGGACGACGACGCCGCCGGCGCCGCUCCGUCUGCCGUGGUGCUGUACGACGCCUUGCGCGUCCUCCACGCUUCCACAGCAAUGCGAAAGCUUCUCCGCGCACACCACCCAGCAGCGGAGACGACAGCAGCGGUGGCCGCUGUCCCCUUUUACGCGCUGGUCACGGCAGACGGCCUGGCGUUGACGAAGGAGGAGGACGGCGAAGCGGAGGGGACAACGGCGGCAGCGAGCGGGCCAUCGGCUGAGGCACUCGCGGCCCUGCUGCCUCCGCGUGCCCAGAUCGCCUCCUCCGCUGCUGUGCACCUCUCACAGCUUCUCAUCGGCACUGGCGCGCCCUGGGGCACGCCGCAGAAUCUGCCAGACCCCCACCUCCGCACCCUGCCCAACGAGCCGGGGAACUACACCUACGUUCUACAGACACUCUACGACACGAUGCAGGCACCGACGGCGGUUGCAGCGCUGACGCUCGCUGAGUUGUCAGCCAUCGUGGUUGUGAAUCAUCUUCGCGUUUUCCUCCACGAGUGCAUCGUGGCGCCGCCGCCGCAGCAGCAGCAGAGUAGCAGCGGCGACACGACGACUACAGACGCGGCGCAGCAGCAACAGCGCCAGUGGGCCGAGUCGCAGCAGCCUGGGGCCGUGGCUGGACUAGAAGACAGCGACGCCAAACGCGACCUGGAGGCGCUGCUGGUUGAGGCCGCGAAGGAGCGCGAGCGGCUGGUGCAGGAGCGGCUGCGCGAGGAAGAAGCACGGGAGCAGGCUCGUAGCGAGGAGCUUCAGGAGAAGCGGAGUAAGCGCGAGAAGAAGAAGAAUGUGAAGGCGAAUAACCGGUCGAACUUCACACAUUUCCGCAACAAGGACUUCGCGCCUCGGCAGAGCAAGCAGGAGAGGCUGACGCAUCUGCGAGAGGUGGGGAGUCGCGAGGAAAGCGACGCUGACGUUGACGGCAAAGAGGACGCCCGCGAGAAGGCGCUGUCGUCGACAUCGGCGUCCUCCGAAAGCGACAGCAACAGCGGUGACGGCGCCGCGGAGCCGAACAGCCUGGCGGCCGAGGUGGAGCGGCUUCUGCAGGCAAACGCGGCCCACUGCGACCAGAAGAGCGUGGCGCAGCGGCAGCCAGCAGAGGGGACCAAGGGGAAGGGGAAGAAGGCGUUGCCUGGCUCAGGGAAGGCGCACAGUACUGCCAACACGAAGGAAGGGCAGCAGCACGGCGCCGGUGCCGGCGGCAACGUCGAGAACGAAAGCCUCGACAACAGCAGCGACACUGGAGAAGCCCAGGACCCCACGGGGCCAACGAUGGUGAGGGCAAAGAUGCAGAUCUCACGUCGGCAGCGCAAGCGCCAGCAAAAGCGCCAACAACAACAACACCGUGGCGACGACAGCAGUGAUGACGACGCGUGA